ACAUUUAGAGGCAGUGUUUUUCUCUCUCUCUCUUCCUCCGGUGAGUAAUAAGGGCAGUCUCACACACACCGGUGUGUUUGUCAGAAGGGUUAGCUGCUGGCAGGAGCGGUUCACACACACCGGACAGCUGGGGACAGAGGGAUCCCACCGCCGCCCGGCACUCUCCAAGCCUGCCGUUACCGUGGAGACCCGCAGCAGCCAGAAUAAGGAGGCGAGAGAAGAGGGAUUCCCAAGACAGACGGCCCCUGAGAAGACGAGGGAGAGGACGCAGCUGAGAGCGAUGGACCGCCAGCAGCAGCACGCCAAAGUGGAACGCUUCCUCAAGUUAGGAUAUUCUCACAAUGACAUUCUGAGGGUGCUGGAGAGCCUGCACCACGACGCGCAGACCAAUGACAUCCUGGAGGAGCUGAUAAAGACCUGCCACACUCGCAGCCAUGGCAACAGCAGCGGACCAAACAGCCCGAAGCUGGUGCCCAGAGGCUGCAGCCCGGGGCCCAUCAAACCCAGGACCAGCCCUGACAGAGAGACCAUCCCCGGCUUCAGACCGGUGGUUAUAGACGGCAGCAAUGUGGCCAUGAGCCAUGGUGACAAGAAGUUGUUUUCGUGCCAAGGCCUCCAGCUGGCAGUGAACUGGUUCUGGGACAAAGGGCUGCGUGACAUCACCGUGUUCGUACCCCUGUGGAGGAAGGAGCAGCCUCGGCCCGAAGCGCCCAUCACAGAUCAACAGAUUCUCCAUGAAUUGGAAAGAAGAAAGAUCCUGGUGUACACGCCGUCCCGCUUCGUCAACGGCAAGAGGGUGGUGUGUUACGACGACCGCUACAUCAUCAAGCUGGCGGUGGAGUUGGACGGGAUCAUCGUGUCCAACGAUAACUACCGCGACCUGCAGACAGAGAAUCCCCAGUGGAAGAAGUUCAUUGAGGAGAGGCUCCUGAUGUACACCUUUGCCAAUGACAAGUUCAUGCCCCCAGAUGAUCCGCUGGGUAGAAACGGCCCCACCAUCGAUGACUUUCUGAGGAAAAAGCCGUGGACCCCAGACAACAAGCAGCAGCAUUGCCCCUACGGAAAGAAAUGCACCUAUGGAAUAAAGUGCAAGUUCUACCAUCCGGAGAGGGUGAACCAGUCCCAGCUGGCCGUCGCUGACGAGCUGAGGGCUCUGGCACAUCAGCCUGAGCACAGAUACACCCCACCCACACCCCCCUCUGGAAGCAGAGACGACCUGACCCACAGCGACCCCUCCCUCUGUGACAGCAGCAACCUGAGGAGCCAGCUAAACAAGAGUCCCCUGUUUUACCCGUACCACAGCGCGGAUGCAGACGAGGCCUUCAGCUCCAUGGGGAGCUCCAUGUCCCGCCUCAGCAUCCUCGACCCCCCCUACAGUUUGGAUUACUCUCCAACCAACUACAGCAGCGGCAGAGGCAGCUUCCAAAUGUCCGUCUCGUACGGCGGGAACAGCCUGAGGCUUUCACCAAACGGACAAACUUACUACCCUCCCCAGAGCAGCUGCGAGUACCACAUGUGCAGCCAGUGCAGGUGUGGCCAUCAGAAGAUCGGGAUGCCCGCCAACCACCACCACCACCAGCCGGUGUGGAGCUCCUGCCCUGCUCUGCCUCCACACAACGGCCUCCCCUCUCACAGACCCAGCAACAGCCUGCCCCAGGACCCCUGGGUGCAGCCCAGAAGUCUUCCCAGCGAUCAGCGGAGUGACCUGAGGAGCCGGCUGAGCACGCUCUUCCCCCAGAGCACGGUGGAGAAGGUCCUGAACGCCCACCCACACGUCUCAGACACACUGGAGCUGAUUAGCCUCAUCCAGAACUACAGAGCCAGCAACAUCCAAUAGACUGCUAACCUCUGAGGGACAAUCAAUCUGAGCCGACACCGGAGUUCUCAUCCCCGAAAUAGUGAAUCCAAAGUUAACAUUUCCUCAGAGAAAAAGAGAGAUUUCCUCAUCAUGUUGUAAAAUGUCUCUUCUUCCAUGCAGGCAUUAUUCUAAGCAUUAAAAAGGAAGUUGGUCUGAUAAAACUGUCAGCUAUUCCUUUAUCCUAUUACAGAAGUGCAAUGCACUCAGCUCCUUUCCAGCUACUUAUUGUAGCAUCGAAAAAGGUUUAUCAAAGCAACAUGUGUUGUUUUCUCAUGUUGCCUCAAAAUGAGGAAACACUAUAUUUUGUUCUUUUU